UCAGAACAUUUCACAAAACCAGACUCCUUAGCAACCCUACAAACCCUUUUUUCUUCCCAUUCAUGUUAAAAAUCCGAGGGUAACCUUGUCUACCUUCCUUUGGUCCUAGGGGACUUUCGACGUUCCCCAGAGAGUAACCUGUAAGUAACGAUGCCUCAUUUUACCAUUGUUCAUCUUCGCCAUGUGUCUACGGACGGGAUCUUGCGGUGCUCUGACCGUUUCACCUGUGCCUUUGGUACCCAAAAUUCCUGCAAUUUGGUUUCGCAGCACUGCAGUCUCUCCCUCGGACAUUGUUCUCUACCGUGAUGCAUCCACUGGCCCAUCGUGGACGACGUCUCUUGCUUGCUCAGCUCCGGUGUUCUCGAUCGGCAUUUUCCUAUCAUUAAUCUUCUACCUCCCGGGCGCAAAUCAAAUCAACGCUGUUCUAACGAUAUGUGGACGGUGUAGCGAACACCGAUAUAAUCGUGUUAGCACCUCCGAUACGUGCGAGCUUCGUGAUAAACUUGUCGUAUCCACGAAUAGCAUGGCCACGAUGCACUCGUUUGCGUGUCGAGUGCUCCUAACUUAUAUGAGACAGACCCUGACGUACUUCAUCCGGUCGCAUGUUCAGAUUUUCCUUUGUCGCCAAUUAGUCGGCGACACUUCGCACUUCAUCAAUCAUGGGAUGGGUUUUUGAUAAGGUUCCGUGACGGAUCAGGUCCUUUCAGUGCUGUGCGUUCCGACACGUACAUGGAAGCUCCGAAAGUUCACCAUCAAUAUUUGAUUGAGUACGAUGAAUUAUCUAUACUAGUAGCCUCGUCGACUUCGCGAACGGGCUAUACUAGUAUUGCUACUAGUGUAUAGAUCAGAUGGUUCGACAGAGAAGAUGAUCAGAUUGUUCCACGAGAAAUAGAACUUCUGGAUGUUGUGACGGGUACCUGCACAGUGCACAUGAUGCCAUGUCUCGUCAUCUAUGUUGCGAUCGUUCGGAGAGCUUGAUCAAAUGAUAUUCCGCAUCUCCCCUCCUCGAGAGAAAAGAAGGAAACGCACUCGUUUUCCCGUGUGAUCGAUGACUUUUCCACUCAAACCCUGCGGGCUGCUGGAGGUGCACUUUGUAGCAAUACUGUAGAGAUACGAC